GGCUAUUGCAAAUUCGGGCUCGGAGAUUACCCGGCCUGACACCGGCUGAAUUACCCGCCCGAAUCCACGCCGGCGAAUCCCGCAGCGGCUAUCUUCUUCUUCUCUGCUCUUUCCAUGGCUUGCUCUGGUUUGCUGUCCAAUUCCUUCAUUGCCAAUAAGCUUGCAGUUCCAUAUCCAAGAUCGUUCUCGAGCUCAAGAGUUCAUCUGGCUCAAAAUUUGGGGAUUUCCAUGUCGAUGGAGGAAAAUGGGGCCACAAAGCAGGGACUCGAUGUAUCGAGGAAGAAACUACCUCACGUAUUGACGGUUGCUGGCUCUGAUUCCGGUGCCGGAGCUGGAAUCCAAGCUGACCUUAAAGCUUGCGCUGCUCGUGGAGUGUAUUGUUCCACUGUGAUUACUGCAGUUACUGCGCAGAACACUGUCGGGGUUCAGGGAGUAAACAUAGUGCCGGAUGAAUUUGUUGCGCAGCAGUUGAAGUCUGUGCUAUCUGACAUGGAAGUUGAUGUGGUGAAAACAGGAAUGUUGCCCUCUAUUGAGAUAGUUAAAGUUCUGCAGCAAAGUCUUAAGGAGUUUCCUGUUCGAGGCAGCUGUGGUUGUUGAUCCUGUUAUGAUAUCUACAAGUGGAGAUGUGCUAGCAGAUCCUUCUAUUCUGGCAAGGUUUCGGGAGGAACUGCUUAUGAUGGCUGAUAUAGUAACCCCUAACCUUAAAGAGGCAUCUACUUUACUUGGUGGAAUGCGACUAGAGACAGUUGAUGACAUGCGACGUGCAGCUAAGAUACUACACUCCAUGGGUCCACGGAGUGUGCUUGUCAAAGGUGGUGAUCUUCCCGAGUCUUUUGAUGCUGUUGAUGUCUUCUUUGAUGGUGAAGAGUAUCAUGAACUACACUCUCCUCGUGUAAAAACUCGCAACACCCACGGAACUGGUUGCACUUUGGCGUCAUGCAUUGCUGCUGAGCUAGCAAAAGGGUCUUCUAUGCUCUCUGCUGUGAAGGUAACCCCUUUGCUUUUGUUGAAUGUGUUUUGGUUCACAUGCAGUUUGAGGUUGAAGGAGUGAUUGUUGAAUGUGAAAGUCACAUAAGGUGGCUUUUAUAUAGGCAAUGCAACUAAGGAUCAGAAUAUGUUUUUUUUAAUCUGUUUCACUUGAAACUGGGAACAGUAAGGUGGAAGCACUAGUUUCCUGUCCUGAUUUCAGGUGUACAUAUCAUCACUUCAACCUGCUAUAAAAAUCUAGCUAAGCGCUAUGUGGAGACUGCCUUGGAGUAUAGCAAAGACAUUAUAUUAGGAAAUGGAGCUCAGGGUCCUUUUGACCACUUCUUGAGGCUCAAGCAUAACACUAGCACAGGGGGCACGUUCAGUGGGAAUGAAUUGUUUCUGUAUGCUGUUACGGACUCUGGGAUGAAUGAGAAAUGGGAACGACCGAUGGAAGUUGCAGUUAAAGAAGCAAUCAAAGGAGGUGCCACUAUAAUUCAACUAAGGGAGAAAGAUGCAGAAACAAGAAAGUUCAUAGAAACAGCAAAAGCAUGUCUGAAGAUCUGCCGUCCCUACAAGGUGCCUCUGUUGAUAAAUGACCGUAUCGAUGUAGCCCUUGCAUCUGAUGCCGAUGGAGUCCAUGUCGGGCAAUCAGACAUGCCUGCCCGAGUUGCCCGGAGUCUUCUCGGACCAGACAAAGUAAUAGGAGUAUCAUGCAAGACAGUGGAGCAAGCUCACCAAGCAUGGCUAGAUGGUGCGGACUACAUUGGCUGCGGUGGGGUCUAUCCAACUAGCACCAAGGCAAACAACAGCACUGUGGGUUUGGAUGGGCUGAAAACCAUUUGCUUGGCUUCCAAGCUACCUGUGGUCGCGAUUGGUGGAAUCAAUGCUUCAAAUGCAAUAACCGUGCUGGGGAUCGGUCCGCCAAAUCUGAAAGGUGUUGCAGUAGUUUCAACUGUGUUUGAUAGAUCAAGUGUCGUGGGAGAAACGAGAAAGUUGCAUAGUAUGUUGACAGAAGCAGUGUUGAAGGCGAACUGAAGUUCCUCCUUCAGAUGUAUGAAGAAUUCAAAUUGCUUUGCCCAAAGCAUUGUUUUCGUAAUUGAGGAUAAUAACUUUGCGCCCUUGUGUUGAGAAUUGAGAUUGAAAUAAGGUGUUGUGCACAUGUAGAUAGGAACAAGAAGAAAUAAAA